AUGCUUCUAUGUAUUCUUGUCACUUUUGGACAUGGAUUUUGUCUAUUGUUUGAUAAACUACUGAAAUAUAAAACUUCACGAUUAAAAUUUAUUGGAAGUUUACAAAAUUGUGAUGAGAGAAAGGAGAAUAGUAAUAACCAUGAUUUAAAUAAUGAAUCAAGAAAUCAGGUGUCUAGUUCCUCUUUAAAUCGAAUGAUGAAUCAAAAUCUAUCUGUGAGAAAUAUAUCAAAACUAGAUCAACAUACAAGUUCCUCAAAUGUGAAAACUCGUGUUCAUUUUAAUGAAAUAAAACCAAAAUACAAAUGCGUAAUAGGUGAUCACGUCAGAAUGCCACUAAAUGAGGCUGAUCAAAAUCAUCAUGAUAUUAUUAAUUUAACUCGAAUAAACAAGGAUCAGUGUUUAUUGAUACACAAUGAAGUUAAAUCGAAAAAACAUUUAUAUCUCCAACCGAUGCCAACGUUAUUCAUUAAAAAACCAAAUUAUUCAAAUGAAUUGGACGAAAUACCUGAAAAUGACAACCUUUAUUUAAAUGAUAAUUCCUACUUAUCAAAUGAGACUAAAGCUUCAAUAAAAUCCUCGUCAUUUAGACAAAAAGUUAAUGUUAAUGAUGAUAAUUGUGGAGGAUAUGAUAAUGAUGAUGAUGAUGAUGAUGAUGAUGAUGAUGAUGAUGAUGAUGAUGAUGAUGAUGAUGAUGAUGAUGAUGUUAAUGGUGACGAUAAUGAUAAUAAUGAAGGUAAAUUAUUAUCACCUUCCGCAAACAAUCCAUCUUUAUCACAAACAAGUUCAAAAUAUCAACAGAAUACGGAACAUACUAACGCUUUAUCAACAUUUGCCAUGACAUCUUAUUUAAACACACAUCAUAAUCACAAAAUAUGUACUAAACAUAUGCUUCGAGCUCACAAAAGAAAUUCAUCUUUUUUUAAACGAUUAUAUAAAUGUGGUUAGAUUAUGAGACAUCCAACAAGACAAUAUGACACAAAUAAAUCUAUACUGAAACCAAGUAUACAUUUACCUUUAAUUUGUAGAUAUAAUUCAUCUUAUUUGUCAGUUUGUUCAUCAGCUACAACAAAUUCC